CCUCUACGUAUCAGCGGACGCAGUGCGAAAAAUUAAAGUGGCUUAUUUUACGUGUGCUCUUUGCACGCGUUUUGUUGAAAUCACACUUUUUUAGAAUAGGCAAGCUAGGAUUAGAUACGGUACAAGAUCUCUUUAUCCUACGCGCACGCACGUAUUCAUUCGGCGUGGUAUUAUAUACAUAGGUGUGUGUGUGCCAAUAGCUGGUGUCGGCUUAAAAAUAUAAUCUAAAGAAAAAUAAUAGCUUCAAGAUGUCGUAUCCACCGCGUCCACCAAUGCCACCAUAUAUGAAUCCGUCGCUUCCACCACCACAUCUGAUGCAGCCCAUGGGCAAUCCACCACGUAGCUUUCGCAAUUCGGCUACAAUCAGCUCACAGCCUACAGUCUACCAUCGCCCGCCGGAACCACAGCCUCAAUUUCGUGGGCCUAUUAUUACAGUUUUUGUUGGCAAUAUCAGCGAACGUGUGCCCGAGGCGUUGCUCAAACGGAUCCUAGCCACAUGCGGUAUCGUCAUUAACUGGAAGCGUGUGUCCACAUUCGGAUUCUGUGAGUUCGAUGGACCCAUAGCGGCGAUGAGAGCCGUCCGUUUGCUGAGCGAAAUGGAGAUCGACGGCAAGAAGUUGGUGGCUAAAGUCGAUGCUAAAAACAAAACGCUAAUUGAAGAUUACAAAGAGAAGGAGUGCAAAAAUGGCGAUGGCACCAAUAAGGUAGACGAAAAGACUGAAGAUGAGUACGCCAUGAGCCAGAUGCGUGAACUGCUUGAUGAACAUAAACACGAGUUUGAGGGAUUCGAUAGCACUAGUCGCGGUGAUUUAUAUGGCAGCGGUCGUACCAAGAAGGUGCGUCGCGAGGAGGACAUAAAAAUUAAGGCGCUAAUUGACAAUGCACUCGAAGAAGAGAAGCGCAAUUUGAUUAGCAGUGAAAUUGGAAAGUUUCGAAAGCGUGCAGAAGCCGAUGAGCAUCGCAAAGAGCUUGAAAAGGAAAAAGAGAAGGAGAAGCUUGCGGCCAGCAAGGAGAAAGAGCGUGAAAGAAGCGACAAGGACCGAAAGAAACGAGACGAUCGCAAAACUAGCAGCAGUAGCCACAGUAAAACCUCAUCAGCCAAUAAUGAUUUGGAAGAAGUUGUUGAAAUAGAUGAAAAGGAGCAAAUCCAAAGCACAACAACAUCAUCGCGGAGUGGAGGAAGUCGCAAGGACCAGAUCGUCAAUAUUGACUCCUCGCCUGUGCGCAAGGAGCACAAGGAACACAAGGAGCGCGGCAGCGAUCUUAAAGAGAAUCGGCGCCGUCGCACCAAGUCGCGCUCCAAGGAUCGCGAGCGUGAACGAGAGCGUGAGCGUGAAAUGAUGCGCGAGCGUGAACUACGGGACAAAGAGCGUGAAAGAGAACGUGAGAGAGAACGUGAAAGGGAACGUGAACGUGAGCGCGAGAGGGAGCGCGAGAGAGAGCGCGAAAGAGAACGUGCUGAGCAGCGGGAACGUGAGAGAGAAAGAGAGCGUGAAGAGAAAACGGUAAAAACAGUGCGCGAUGCACGACGCGAGAAGGAAAUGGAAGAAGAGAUACGAGAGCGCAAGAAGGCCGAGAAAAAGGCGCGCGAAAAGGAGGCAGCGUAUCAGGAGCGCUUGGCCAACUGGGAGAUUCGUGAGAAACGCAAAGCCAAGGAGUAUGAAAAGUACCGGGUGAAGGAGCUGCUACGUCAAGAGGAGCGCGAAAAAGAUGCUAAGCGGCUCAAGGAGUUUGUCGAGGACUACGACGACGAACGCGACGAUCCCCUGUACUAUCGAGGUCGUGAGUUGCAGCAACGUCUUGCAGAGCGAGUGCGCGAAGCUGAUGCCGAUUCCAAAGAUCGUGAAAAGGAGGCUGAAGAGUUAGCUGAAUUGAAGAACAAAAUAUUCAGCGGUGAAUACGAAAAUCCAUCGCAGGAGUACGAAAAAGCACGGAAGGAGCUUGAAAAACUGUAUGAACCACGCAUAUUAAUUAAUGUGAAUCAGGAGACCAUACAGCGUCGUGAUUCUGAAAAGUCAUUACAGCCAGCUGCUGUCGACAAACGCCGCAAGAACCCAGAAGUCUAUGUCGAUGAAAAUGCUGUCAGCAAGAUAGUCUCCGAGGAUUCUGUAUCGAAUGACGAACAAGGCUCCAUAGCCGACACUACCUCCAAUGCAAGUGGCUACACCCAUCUCAAAAACAGCAACAAUAAUGACAAAACGCAUCAGCGGAGCGUCAGUCGACAGAACUCGGAGUCUAGAGAUUCACUAGCCAAUAUUCACACGCCCUCACAAAACGCUAUGGACAUGGGCUCCAGCAACGAACUGCCCUCUGCCACACCGCCCAUAAUUAUGCCUCUCAUCUCUUUAACUUUGGGUAACAAUCUGAAAAAGAAAAAGAUUGAGGCAACGGGCGUGUUUGUGAAUGACGAUGACAACGACGAGAACAUCAAUCCAAGGAAGCGCAAGUUGGUACCACUUGACUACGAUGACAACAUCAGCAACAACACGCCCUCAGCUACAUCAGUUACAGACCGCCAUAGUUCGGCUGCCAACGCAGCCGCCGCUGCUGCCGCGGCCGUUAAUCAAAAGAUAACCAACAUCACUGGCUCUGGUUCGACGUCAACAAGCGGCGGUGGAAGCGGCAAAGGUAGUGGUAAGGCUGGUAAGCACGGAAAGAACGAUGGCGGUGCAUCUGCAUCCAGCACAGAUGCUGCUGGAGCCAACUCCAAAAAGGAUGAAAAUGGUGCUAAGGUGCACGAUGAGAAACGUCGCCAUAUAAAAAGCAUUAUUGACAGGAUUCCUACUCAAAAGGAGGAACUUUUUAAUUAUAAGCUAGACCGUAAUGAGAUUGACAGUGGUUUAAUGGAACGCAAGAUACGUCCGUGGAUAAAUAAGAAAAUCAUUGAAUACAUCGGUGAGCCAGAACCAACUCUAGUGGACUUUAUUUGUUCUAAAGUGUUGGCUGGCAGCCCUCCCCAGAGCAUUCUGGAUGAUGUGCAAAUGGUGCUGGACGAGGAAGCUGAGGUGUUUGUGGUCAAAAUGUGGCGGUUGCUUAUAUACGAGUUAGAUGCAAAAAAAAGUGGCAUUGGGAGUAAAUAAUUACUUCAGGAGCCUAAAGUAGAAAUGGACUAACACGUUGCUACAUUUUAAGUUACACCUACAUCUAAUAACGCAUAAUUCUAGACUCUAAAAGUUUUUACAAAACCUUUGUAAAUACAGGGCACACACUAAUUGUGGUUGGGCCAAUAUACAAAAACAAAUGUAUAUAUGUUUGCAAGGUAAUAGUUUGUUUAGGCAGCACUGCCAUAACAAAUUUGCAAACAUUUGGCUAUUUGAUGCACAUAAUAAUGUAUAUACACACCCAUACACAACAGACAAGUUUUCUUUCGUCUAGUAUUUCAGCCCAAUUGAGCUGAAUAUUUAUAUUUUUUAUUGAGGAAAUUCCCAUCCACAAUUUUAAAGCGCAUGUCCUCAUUUAGACUAAAUACAUAACACAUCGAAAUUA